GAAUAUCUGCCUAGGUUGAUAGAGCAUCCUUGAUUGAGGGUAGGGAGUUGGUGACUUUAGUCGAGGAGCCAACUCACUAUUCUGUACCGGAUUUACUCCGGUAGUGGAGGUUUUGUUCUUAGGGCCUCAAUCUGUCUACUCCGGUGGAGGUUAGUCGCCCGCUAGAGAGUCAGAUUGAGAGGGUCUGAAGACCUUUAGUCGAGACUUCAAGCUGUUCAAGAACCUUCCGCAGUAUAACUAUCAUAGAAACUGAACUUGGUAAUUACAAUCCGGCUUAACUGCAGUCUAGGGGGAACCAUAUCCGGGUGACCUCUCUUAACAUGAAUACAACCGUUUACCUGCUUUGUUAGUUUGUUAGUUAGACUUGCAUUCCAGUUUCAUUGCUAGAUAACAAGAUUUCACUGAGUAGUCAUCAGAUCUAGGACCCGGGUUGAUAAUUAAACCCAAACCCGCUAUACUACGCUUUAGGAAGUGGUUUCACUUGGCCAAUUCCUAGGGUGACAGUAGAGUCGAGUCACAUUUCCGGACUGCGAUUACACUUGGUCGCAGUUUGGUGUUGUGUUUUAGCGUGUCAAGUUUUUGGCGCCGUUGCCGGGGACCCUCUAAGUUAUUGGAGAAACGUGAAAGUUUGUUACGCUAACUUUUUCUUUACUGCAUUUUCUCUCUUCCACCUGCGUGCCUUCAUGGGUUGCUUUUGUUGAUUGUGUGCAGGUAGUGCAUGACCCGUAGCCAGUCAGGAGAUUUACUACCAUUAGACCAGGAGCUUGAACGGACCUGUAGGAACUUCAAGCAGGCUCUAAAGGCGCGACUGGCUGCGGAGGAGGCGCUAGCACAGCUGCAAAUCGCCGACGAAGAAGAGAUGGGUGACCCACAGAACAAUGAUGUGGUCAUUCCGGAGGAACAUACCAUGGGGUACUACUAGACCACCAGAGCCGGGGACAUGAGGUCGCUCAUUCAGCACCCUCAUGUCCCAGCGAAUAACUUUGAGGUGAGCACCUCUGUCAUCACCAUGCUGCGCGGUUCGGUGGUGUUCCGAGGCAAGGAGGGGGAGUGCCCCCGAUCACACCUGAGUCGAUUCCACGAGCUCAUCGAUGGGAUCAAGAUCAAUGGGGUCCCAGCCGAUGCAAUCCAGCUAAGGUACUUCCCGUUUACUCUGGAGGGGCAAGCCAAGGAGUGGUUAGACACUCGACCUCCAAGUUUGAUCACCACGUUCGCCAACCUGGCGUACAAGUUCCUCACUUGCUACCAUCCUCCAUCCAAGACGGCGGACCUGCAGAAGCAAAUUACCCACUUUGCUAAGGAUGAAGACGAGACCAUCCGGGAUGCUUGGAAGAGAUACACCAGUGACACUCCAAAACACAACACCAAUCUGCGACCAAGUGUAAUCGCAAACCGGGAAUGCAGUAAAGUGGCACAAGUAAUAAAUAUCGAAUCCACGGGUCUCUAGAGUUACUAUUACCCAGCUUCAGUUCAUUAUCUAGCAAACUAGAUUAAGGAUUGAUUUAUAAACUACUCUACUGACUACUCUACUAAUUACAAGUUGUGAACUCACUUAGGUAUGAUUCCCCCUAGCUCCUCAAUUAGGUCCAAGUUGCAAUUAACUUUGGUUGAUCUACUGUUGAUUAAACUGCGGAAGAUCCGAAAAUAGCUUGGAAUCUCUUAAGCUGACCAAGCCCUCUCAGUCCAACUACCCGGCAGGCGACUAACCUUCACCGGGAUAGAAAGCUGAGGCUAUGAACACAUAACUCCACUACCGGAAUUGGAUUCCAGUACAAAGCAGUAGAUUGACUAACUCUCAUAUAACCAAUUCACCACCAUCAAUCAAGGAAGCUCUCUUAACCUAAUCAGAUUCUAUCUAUCAUAGGUUAAAGCAAUAAUCAAGAGAAUUUGAUCAAGAUUCAAUUGACUCAAUAAAUCAUGCCCCAAUCGAUUAUAAUCAAACAAUAUAGCAUCCAAAACUUCAUACAAGAAAGAUCCUAACACAUGGAACUAGGGUUCCUCAAAACCUAAGUGAAGGGAAGUUACUCCAUAGAGAAGAGAGAGACUGCAAAAAUCUGAUCUAGAUCUUCAAUCUCCAUCUCCAAGCUUGAUUCCCGAGCUCCAAUGGCGAAGAAAUCCUCCAAAAUAGCUCCAAGAAUGUUCCCAAGUCGCUCUCUCUCUCUAGGGUUUGUCCCUUGGGUGUUUGGGAACCAAAAACCCAACUCUCCCCUUUCCUUUGGCUGAAAAUCGAGUUUUAAACAGAAAUUACCGAUCACGCGGCCAGGCCACACAACCGUGUGGCUUUCCCAGCUGCCCGUGUGAAGGCUCGGUGAUUUCCACACGGCCACGACCCACACAGCCGUGUGUAAUUCCAGGAUGCCCGUGUGGCUUGCUCAGCCUCUGUUUAAUGCUUCGUUUCUCCCUCGUCCGGACUCCGAAUCAGACCCCGUUUGAUCCCAGACGCUCGUAGUCUCGUCCUAUUUCUUUUCAUGACAAGUUUGCAUGAUUCUUUGUCCAUAAAGUGAGGUAAAAAUCCAUUCUUAUUCAGGUCAUGCCCGAGUUUCUUCUCCCGAAUCGUCAAUUGAUCUCUGAUUGAUUUGAAACUUGCGCCUAUGCUUCACUUUAUGUGCUAGGACCUGAAAUGUGACAAAGGAACACAACCUAGCAUAAAAUAGGACAAAGACACAAUAAUUCAAGCUCAAACAAUCAAGAAACAAAGGGGAAAACAUGUGCAAAUACCGAGUCAUCAAAUCCCCCCACACUUAACUGUUUGCUUGUCCCCAAGCAAACCUAACUCAAACCAAUGCAGCUCUCCAGACCUCUAUAGCAACAAACAACCCUGAUCAUCGAUAGAGGAUUUCCUAGAUCAUAUAGCAGCUUACGAGGUCAACUGGUAUUCUAAGAUGUCCCCUAUCUCUCUCAAUGCGAGUACUAGACUCAAGCCAGGAACAUGAGAAGAAGUAGAAGUAAGACAGUCAAUUCUUGGACAAAGGGACUCACCAUUCACAACCAAGGACUCGUUGUACCGGGGUGCUCUUUCACUUCGUUUCACCGUUGGAACCCCUUUUUACACUUUCAUUUACAUUUCUUUUUCUCUUUUUUUCUUCAUUCACUUGGCGGGGUUCCAACUGCAGUCUUUUGCACGGUCGACCCUUAUUAGUCGAGCAAGAGCAAUUUUUGUACAUCUAGCGCUCGCCAGAGUACUUCUUUUAACUCCUUUUCCUCAACUCGUGUGGAGGGUCAAUGAAAUCAAGGGGGGUCGGAAGCUCUAUCCGUGCCCUUAAAAACACAUCCUCAAGUAGGCAAACCGUUCAACGGGUGGAAGUUUUACUUGUACUAGAGACGGCUUAGCUUCACCUUGUAGGAGUACCCCACUAAGGAUCACUAAAAUCUCUUUCAAACCCCGAUUUUGUGCAAUGAACGGUGCCACACACG